GAGGUCCUACGUUCAAGUACAACGGCAAGGUUGUGAAAGUAACUCAGUUGUACGCUAUGGGCAUCAUCAGAUUGGCUCAGAUCCCUGGAACUUGCAAGGCAAGCCUGCUGCAGGCUCAUUCUCAUAAUUCUUCAACAUGUUACAUGGAAUGCGACAGCUCACUAAAAUCGUGCUCCCGGUGCAAGUGUCCCCGUGAAGCUCAUGAUAUUCAUCACCACAAAGCCGUGUCGGUCGAAGAUCGUCUUGGCUGGAGAUCGACAAAUCUUAUGCAGACAUCCAAGGACAAUUCCACUGACGCCGGCUACUCCUGGAUGCCCCCUGGUUUAACGAAGCAAAAGGUUGAAGAAUAUAUGUCACAACUUCCAAAUCAUAAAGUACCCAGAAUAAAUACACCUGGUGAAAAGUACCGCGACAGACAACUGAUAUUGCAACUUCCCAAGCAAGAUCUAUCAUCUUCUUACAGUAAGCACCUCUACACGCUUUUGGAGAAGAGGGCAUUCGAGGACUUCAUCAACAAGCGCAACGAAUCGGCAUUGGAUAUUGCGUAUAUCAGAGCAAAUUCUGACAAACCAUCGGUGAGCAAUGAUGGCGUUCAUUUAUCGUCAUUUUGAUG